AUGGGUGUACUGAAAAAGACCACUGGUCUUUAUGGGUUAGCAGUAGCUCCAAAUGCCCAUCACACUCUUGGUGCAUUGUAUGGUAAAAUACUGAGGACCUUGAAAAAAAUGCCUGAAGAUUCCACAUACCGUAAAUAUACUGAACAAAUUGUUAAAGAACGUGCGGCUGUGCUAACUAAGACAAAAGAUGUGUUUGAAAUUGAAGCUAAAAUCAACUGUGGUCAAGCUGAGGAAUUGAUUGUCCAGGCUGAAAAUGAGCUAAACCUCGCAAGGAAGAUGCUAAACUGGAAGCCAUGGGAGCCAUUGGUGUCCAAACCUCCAGCCGGCCAAUGGGACUGGCCACCUACAAAAGCUUGA